AUUCUCAAUAGUAUAUCUAACCUCCUCGUCAGAACUGACCUCAUUAAACUCUUACAGAUCUUUUUAACACAAAUUCUGAAUUCGCGAUCUCAAAACCCGAAAGAAAAGAAGACGAUUAUGUCGUACUGUUUGCAAUUGAAACCGGCUUGUAUCGGAUGUGGAUCACAAUCCGAUUUGUAUGGAAGCUCUUGCAGACACAUGACCUUGUGUUUGAAGUGUGGUAAAACCAUGGCUGAGAAUAAAGCUAAGUGUCUCGAUUGUGGAACCGUCCUCACACGUUUGAUUCGGGAAUAUAACGUUCGUGCGGCGGCACCGACGGAUAAGAACUACUUCAUUGGUAGAUUUGUGACUGGUCUUCCUAAUUUCAAGAAAAGCUCUGAGAAUAAAUGGUCUCUUCGUAAAGAUAUACCACAAGGUCGUCAGUAUACUGAUGCACAAAGGGAGAAGUUAAAGAACAAACCUUGGAUCUUGGAAGAUGAGACUGGUCAGUUUCAGUAUCAAGGACAUCUUGAAGGCUCUCAGUCUGCAACUUACUAUCUCUUAGUGAUGCAGAACAAAGAGUUUGUUGCGAUUCCUGCUGGUUCUUGGUAUAACUUCAACAAGGUGGCACAGUAUAAACAACUUACAUUGGAAGAAGCGGAAGAGAAGAUGAAGAAUCGUAGAAAGACGGCUGAUGGGUAUCAAAGGUGGAUGAUGAAAGCUGCUAAUAAUGGUCCUGCGUUAUUUGGAGAAGUGGAUAAUGACAAAGAGGCCGGUGGAAGCAGUGGAGGUGGUGGCAGGGGUCGUAAAAAGUCUUCAGGGGGUGAUGAAGAAGAAGGAAAUGUCUCUGAUAGAGGGGACGAAGAUGAAGAGGAAGAGGCAUCACGGAAAAGUAGACUUGGGCUUAAUAAAAAGAGUAAUGAUGAUGAUGAAGAAAAUCCAAGGGGUGGUGACCUUGAUAUGGAUGAUGAUGACAUUGAGAAGGGGGAUGACUGGGAGCAUGAGGAAAUUUUCACCGAUGAUGAUGAAGCAGUUGGUAAUGAUCCUGAGGAACGUGAAGACCUUCUGGCUCCUGAAAUUCCUGCUCCUCCAGAAAUAAAGCAGGAUGAAGAUGAUGAAGAAAACGAAGAAGAGGAGGGAGGGUUGAGUAAAUCUGGUAAAGAGUUAAAGAAACUGCUCGGUAAGUCUAAUGGUUUGAAUGAAUCUGACGAAGACGAUGAUGAUGAUUCAGAAGAGGAGGAGGAGACAAACGUCAGUCCAGUUACGAAUUUAAAACAGAAGGAGGUGGCGAAAGAAGAACCUGUUGAAACUGCACCUGCAAAACCUGCACCAUCUGGACCUGCUCGUGGAACACCUCCUGCAAAACCAUCUAAGGGAAAGAGAAAACUAGAAAGCGAUUCUAAAAAGCCUAGCAGCUCUGUUCAAAAGAAAGUGAAGACUGAAAACCAGGAUCCGAGAUCUUCAGUGAAGGAAGAGAGAACAAACACAGUUUCAAAAUCCAACACACCAACAAAAUCAGUGAAAGCUGAACCAGCUUCAGCUCCUGCAUCAUCCUCAGCUGCGACCGGGCCUGUAACUGAAGACGAAAUCCGGGCAGUUCUGAUGGAGAAGAAGCAAGUCACUACACAGGAUCUUGUUUCCAGGUUUAAGGCAAGACUUAAGACCAAAGAGGACAAGAAUGCUUUUGCCGAUAUUCUGAGGAAGAUCUCAAAGAUACAGAAGAACGCUGGUUCUCAAAACUUCGUCGUCCUGAGAGAAAAAUGAGACUUUCGCUAUAUAUUUCAUCCGACUCUUUCUUUCAAUAUUUUCAAGAUCUCUCAUAUAUAUAUUUUUUUGUUGGUAGUUCAAGAUCUCUCAUAUUAUGACAGUGGUACAAGUAAGAAUGUUUGUCAUUUCUUGAUUUUAAAAUGUUUGAUCCGGAACGAUUUUUUA